AUGAAAUCCACAGCGCUAGCUAUCUCUCUGUUUCUCGGCUCAGUUCUCGCCGUCCCGCUCGAAAUCGACGCUGAGAAACGUCAGAACUGUCCGAGCAUCCACAUCUUUGGAGCCCGUGAGACUACGGCUUCUGCCGGCUACGGAUCUUCUAGCACUGUUGUCAAUGAAGUUCUGAGUGCUUAUUCGGGCUCUACGGCUGAAGCCAUUGUCUACCCUGCAUGUGGCGGACAGUCCUCUUGUGGGAGCAUUAGCUACUCCAGCUCAGUGACUGAGGGCAUCCAAGCUGUCGCAUCAGCCGUCAAUUCUUUCAAUUCGCAAUGUCCGCAGGCAAAGAUUGUCUUGGUGGGAUACUCCCAGGGUGGUGAGAUAAUGGAUGCUGCUUUAUGCGGCGGCGGUGUACCCAAUCAAGGCUACACCAACACAGCGGUACCAUUGACAUCGUCAGCUGUUAAUCAAAUCAAGGCCGCUAUCUUUAUGGGCGAUCCUCUAUUUAGAGCCGGGCUGUCAUAUGAUGUCGGAACCUGUGCUGCCGGAGGCUUCGAUGAGCGCCCAGUCGGUUUUAACUGCCCGUCGGCCAACAAGAUUCAGUCUUAUUGUGACGCCUCCGAUCCAUACUGUUGCAACGGCAGUAACGCCGCGACUCAUCAGGGCUACGGUGCCGAGUACGGAGCACAGGCUUUGACUUUCAUCAAGAAUAAGCUUUCUGCCUCUUAG